CAUUUGGAUAAAUAUUGAAGAUAGAUAUUGAGUCAUUAAUCUUAUCUUCCAUCAUUAAUCUUAUCUUCUGUGUUAGCGAUCUGGUUCUGGAACUGGAAUGGAAGUGAAAAACAACACCCCCACUGUUCUCUCAGACUGCAAAGUCCAAAGUGACCCAAUACGCCACCGUUUCUUCGGAUAUGCUCUAAACGGAUAGCGUCUGGAAUCUGGAAUUCUGGGUCCCGUUUUCACUCUGUUUCCUUCCUUUCUCGUCAUGUUCUAGAAAUAACGUUUUUUGUGUUAGUUCUUCGAUCUCCACGUUUCAUUUCCUCGAUAUCUCAUCUCUCCUUUUUUUGGGUUCAAGCAGGCGGUAUUGGACAUUAUUAUAUAUACACUCCCCUGCGGCCCUGCCUCUUCCUUCUACCUCUCUCGUCUUAGCAAAUUACAGAGCAACCCGAGGAAGCCAAACCCAGAAACAGGGGAUAGAUAAAAAUGGAGAGACAGGAGCAUCAAAUCAAGUUGAACGUGUUAAAGGUUGAUUCUUUACAGACAUGGGAUUCUUAUAUCAGUCAGGCCCACCCUGUGAUUGCGCAUUUUACAGCUGCGUGGUGCAUGCCGUCGGUGGUGAUGACACCUUUCUUCGAGGAGCUGGCUUCGACUUACCCAGAUGUCAUUUUCCUUGUUGUGGAUGUCGAUGAAGUUAAGGAUGUGGCUGCAAAAUUGGAGGUGAAGGCAAUGCCUACUUUUGUGUUGAUGAAGGAUGGGAUUCCAGCUGACAAGAUUGUGGGAGCCAAUCCGGAUGAGAUAAGGAAAAGGGUAGAUGGUUUCAUCCAAUCUUGUUCUUCCACGGCUUGAAGUUCAGUGGCCUGAUCUUUGUCUGUAAUGCAAGUGGUUUAUUAUCGUUAAAAAAGAAUUGUCAUGCUAUAUUUUGUUUUUAGCUUAACUUGUAAUUUAUGAGCGGUUUGUAAUAUUUUCAUUUCGCUUUGAUAAACAUUAUCAAAUGUAAAUUACGCGAGAGAGUUGUCGAUUUGUUUUUUUUUAUCAACCGAUAUGACUAAUUAAUUUUCUUA